AUGUCUACUUCGAAGAAAAUUUCUCCUGAGGAAUUCAAAAAGUUCCUUGACAAUGUCUUCGUUGGAAAUCCAGAUGACGCACGAUCAUUCUGCGAAUCGACAAUAAGCCCCAGCUAUCUCCGCUUCAUGGCCGGCGGCGACAAAACGGACUUCCAGCGCGCCGUGGAAAAGGUCGCCUACUUCCGAGAGAAGUGCCAUACUUGGAAAUCCUCUAUCGUGUUCUUUGCACAGGAGAACAAUAAAAUUGCCGCGAGGCUGCUUUGUGACCUGGGGAUUGGGGAUGAGCCCGCGAAGAAGAUGGAGCUUAUGUUUAUGGCGGAGUUGGAUGAGCAAGGUCUAUACGAGUCGGUGUGGGAGCAGGCUACCGAGUGGGUUGGGCAGUGA